CCUAGUGAAAAUCUAUCGUCUCUUGGUAUUGGUGAUCGUGAUUUAAAGGUUCAAUCAGAUCGUGAUACAACUGUAACCACAACUGGCACUGCAUUGAAUACAAAUGCUGGUUUAUCGAAAACAAUUGAUGAUUAUGGCAAAAGCGAAUUUGAAUGGGGAGAUGAUAAAAACGAAGGAUUAUUAAAACGUACAGCUGAAAAAUUAAUUAACUUUGACAUGACGCCAGUUGCACAAGCAUUAGCUCGACAUUUGGGAAUUGAUUUGUCUACUGAUGGAGCACAGGCUAGAAAUAGACGAGGUGUGGCAAUUAUUGUGCACGGACCACCAUGUUCUGGUAAAACAACAAUUGCUAAAGAACUAUCACAGCGUUAUGAUUGUGCUCUAUUAAAUCUCGAUGAUAUAAUAACAGAAGCAAUUAACUCACCUAAUCGUAGUGAAGCAGCUACACGAGCAUAUCAAUUAUGUCGGGACGCAAUGGAAAAGCAUCUGGAAGAACAAAAAUUAGCAGAAAUUGAUAGUGAACAUGUAGCUGCACAGUCAGGAGCUCAUCCAAAAAAAGGUCAAGAAAAAAAGAAGAAGACAGAAGUAGAUUUAACAGCACAAAUCGCAUCCGUUGAGCCUCAACAUUUAACAUCACCUGUAUCAACAAAAUUUAAAAUUCGAAAAUUUGACGAUGAAAAUAGUGAAGAAGAAUUGAUGACAUUCGUUUUAACGGAAGAUAUAUUUGUGGAAAUUAUAGCCACACGAUUACAGAGACCAGACUGUGCUCGUGGCAUCAUAUUUGAUGGUUUAGAUACACAAUUUCUACAAAACACUGUUCAAACUACAAUCAGUUUAUUGAAGGCCAUUAAUAAUCGUUCAUAUAUGUUUGCAAUACUGACAAACUUUAGUUAUGCCAAAUACAAAGAAGCGCAAACAAAAGCAGACGAAAUGAAACGUUUGGAAGAGCUUGCACGAGAACAAAAUGAAAAAGAAUUUAUUGAAGAGAUGAACGAAGACGAAUAUGAUGCGUUGCCCGAUGAAGAAAAGCAACGAAUCGAUCUUAAACGCCUCCAGCGGAAAAAGGAACGUUUACAAAGAGAACAAAAGGAAAAAGAAGAACAAGCGCGUUUGGCACAAGAACGUUUGUUACAAGCCGAAACACAAAAAAAGAAAAAACCUGGUCCUGGUGGUAAACCAACGCUUGCUGUCGGAGGUGAUAAAGGUGCAACCGCUAAAACUAGUGCCCGUCCGCAAUUACCAAGUGCAAGGCCAACAUUAACAGAUAGACCAGGAACAAGAAACGAGGGUUCUGACGAAGCAGAAAAGAAAAAAGUGAUAAAAACAGAAUUAAAAUCAGCUAAGGAAGUUAUCAAAGAAGAAGAGUCAGUUAUUCUAAAAAUAGCUGAUCCAGAAGAGGACAAAAAGAAAGAAAAAGAUCGAGAAUUACAAAUCAAAUUCAAAACAUUUGAGUUCUAUCGUAAUGAUGUAGUGAAUGUAUUGGAUUUAUGGGAUCGGACAAAAGGAAUGACAAAGAGUCCACCAACACCAACGAAUCAAUUGGAAGAUGAACAGGCCAUGGCUGGUGCUAAGAAGGGUGUACAGAAGAAAGAUCGAGGCAAGAAAGGAGACACAAAAGAAAAAGAGAAAACUGACCGAGCAGAAGAUGUACAAUCAUCUCUUAAUCAAGCACAACAACCAUCAAGUAUAACGCCAACAAAUAUCGAUGAAAAUGGUCAGUUGCUGAAAGAUGAGAAAAAAGUUCCGGAAGAAAUCGUUAAUGUACCCAUCAUCAAUGUUGAUACCCCUAUUGAUUACAGCCCUAACAGUCCAUUACCAUCAGAGGUGUUAGACUCGGUUCAUCGAAAACUUCCAAAUCUUGAUCAAAUACUUGACGGCAUGGGUUUAGGACCGAAAGGACCACCAAUUCCAAAGCCAUUCGAAUUCGCGGUUGUACCAUUUCCAGUUCCAAGAAAAAAUCCGCCAUGUGCUGAAUAUGGACAAUACUUUUUUGUUGCUACAUCUGAAAAUGAUCCGUUAGUAAAUAUAUAUGCCGAUGAGAAGUUAAGUUCAAAAACUCCAGAACCAUCCGGUGAUGAUGAUCAUAAAGAUACAGGAACAGGACCCAAAGGAAGACGUAGCAGAGGUGAACGUGAGACAACAACAGCAGGUAAAAGAAAAACAAGUGGUGGCCCUGGAGCAAGUGUAGAUAAAUCAGGUAGCCGUGCUCGUGAUGGAAAAGGUGGUCGUGCUAGUGGAAAACAAUCACCAACGACUCAUUCGCAUGAUGGACUUGAUGGUACGAGUGAUGCGAGUGGCGAUAAACUAAUGCCAAAAAUUGCUCGAUUUCGUUGGAUAAUACCAGCAAAUGGUGAUAUUCAUGUUCGCAUGCGCUUUGUGUCAUCUGAGGUUGGACAAUUUGAUCAAACAAUAACGUUUGAGGUUGUUGGCACACGAAGAAACUAUAAAAUAUUUUGUCGUGGAAUUUGUACAUUUCCAAAUAUAAGCAGAGAACCACGAAUUCGUGCGGGUAUUUAUCCUAGUAAUUUAGAAUCAAUCACAAUUUCAAACACAUCUCCAAUGGAUGCCGACAUAUUGUUUUGCUUUCUAAACGAGGUUGAAGUUUCCAAAGUAGCAUUUUUUAUUGAACCAACAGAAAUGGUUUUGAAACCCGGUGAAUUAAGGACAUUAAAAAUAAUGGCUAAUCCACCUCGUGAAGGCCACUUUGAAGAAUCUCUCGUUUGUUGUAUUAAAGAAAACCCAGAACCAAUUAUUUAUAAAUUAUGCUGCGAUGGUUGUACGCCUGAUUUAAUUGUCGAACCAAAUGUAUUCGAUUUUGGACAAGUACUUUUAUAUAGAAAAGAAUCUCGUAUUGUUCGAUUAAAAAAUCAAAAAUUAAUUCCUGUUCGAUGGCGUCUAUCUGGCAUUGGUCAGGAUGGUAUCGGCCAAGAAUUUUCAACGAAAACUGAUACGGGAGUAGUUGAACCAUUAACAACAUACGAUUUACAAUUAAAUUAUUACGCGAGCAGACCACGAACACCUCAAUCACAAAAAGCUAAAAUGCAAUUAAAAUUAGAAAUAUCGGAUGUUGAAGGUAUGCCAGGUGCAAUUCGUACAGUUAAUUUACCAGUAUUUGUUGAACCCUACGAUAUUGUAUUGGAUAUGACAUUUCAAAAAGGAAAUGAUCGAGGAAUUGAUUUUGGCAAUGUCAGAGUUAAUCAAGAAGCGAAACAAAUUUGUACAUUAAAAAAUAAAGGAAAACGAGAAAUACGUUACAGAUUUGAGUUGAUUCCAGAUCCAAAAACAAGUAUAGAUGCAAGUAAAUAUUUUGAAAUUGUGCCAAAACAAGGAACAUUGCCAGCUGUAGCCGAUAGAAAUGCUCAAGCAACGUCUGUUACGAUUAUAUUCAAACCGACAAGUGAAAUAAAUCUUCGUGAUGCUGAGAUGAUUGUUGUCAGUGUUAUUAAUGUUGCUUCACCACCAAAAAUCGACGAAAAACCUUUGGGAAAAGAUUUAGCAUCAACUGCACAUGUCGCUACAUCACAGAGUACAUUAAAAGGUGGAACAAGUGAACUUGGUCGUGGUACAGCCGUUCCUCCGGUUCCACCGGUACCCGUAGCUCCGCCAAUUGAAGAAGAAGUAGCUCGAAUUCGAUUGAAAGUAUCAGCUAAAGCAACAUACAGCAAAUUUGCAAUAAUACCAAGUCAAGAAGUAAAUUUUGGACCAAUACCAUUUGGUGUGACACGUCGUUUAGAAAAAUUUAUUAUUGAAAAUCGUGGUGAAUUUGACUUUAAAUAUGUUUUAUCAAAAUAUAUUCGAGAAACAUCACCACAAAAAAUGAAUAUCAAAGACGUACCAACUCAAGGACGUUUACAAGUUGGACCAUUUAUAUUGACACCAGCAUUUGGUAUGUUACUACAAGGCGGUAAUACUACUGUGAAUAUAGAAUAUAGUCCCGAUGCUGAUACGGCAAAAAAAUACGAAGAAGAAAUUUUAAUUGAUGUUGCUGAUAAAAAUCCAUCGGAAUAUCCCAAUGGUAUUAUUUAUAAGCUAAGAGCAGAAUUAAUUGUACCACAAAUAGAUACAACUGAUGUUGGAUCAAUAUUCGAAGAGCAUAGAAUUGUCAAAAAUCUAUCAUCGUUUCAACAUCAAAAUGAGUUGAUGAAUGGUGGUGUAUAUGGUGAAGAUGAACGUCGUUUUGUAUUUCGUAAUGUUAUUGUUGGUCGUACAUCAAAAGCUCGAUUCAAAAUUAUGAAUACUCAAAAGGUUGCUGUUGAUGUUGUAUUUGGCUUACGUUCAGCAUCAAAAUCCCAAAAGAUUCCUGAUGUAUUUGAAAUAGAUCAACAUCGUAUACAAAUUCCUCCAUACAGUUCACACCAUGUCACAGUAUCAUUUACACCAAUAGCAAUGCAAUCUUAUUCCAUUUUUUUUGAGGCUAAUAUUGAAGGAUUACCAAAGACAAAAGAAAAUCGUACACAAAAUUUAUCCUUUGAAUUGUUUGGUGAAGGAAAUUUACCACGAAUUUCAAUUUUAAAACCAAAUAUUCGAAAUAAAAAAGCACAAUGUAUCAUGAUGUUUAAAAAAUUAUUAAUUGGAAGACAAGCAACACAACAAUUAUGUUUAGUCAAUGAUGGAUUAUUACCUGCUAAACUUGAUUUCUACCUUCAUGAUGUUGAAAAUGUUUAUUCGUUACAACCAUCACCCGAAAAUGAACGUCCCGAAAGUCUUGUUAUUAACGAUCCAACAAAGAAAGCGACAAUCGCUUCAGCCAUAUUUGAAAUAGGCCAAAAAAUUGUGUUAGAUGUAGUAUUUAAACCAAAACAAGUUCAACGGUAUGAGGGUGUAUUACGUUUAGUUGUUGUUGAUAAUCAAUAUGAGGAUACGGUGGUACAGUUAAUUGGAGAAAGUUACUUGGAUGAUAUUACAUUGGAUAAUAUACACAGUUUAGCUGUACAAAAUGAGCCGAGUGAAGAAGCUGUUAUUGAUGAAGAUGCACCAGUACCGUUAUCGAAUUUAAUUAAUUUUGGCGAUGUUCACUUAAAUGACUCUCGUCAAAUAUUAUUUUCAAUAACAAAUCAUAAUUCAAAAGAUUCUAUUCGUUUUGAAUGGCCUGAACAUCCACAAUUAACAUUUUCACCACGUAUAGGUCAUUUACACAGCAAUUGUACAAAAGAUAUUCAUGUUAAUUUCAAAACAACAAAACCUGUUCAAUUAAUAAAAGAAAAACUUUUAUGUACAUUAACUAAGAUAACAUUUGAUAGACCAAUCAAUGAAGUACCUGAUUGGGACGAUAGAAUGCGUUCGAUCAAGUGGUCUGAUGUACCACAACAGCAAACGACAACUACUGAUUCUAUCAAUCUAUCUGAACAAUUCGCAACGUCGCGUACUCGACCAGCUCGUCAAAAAACAAUUGAACAAGAACUAGAACCAAUUAAUCAACGUGUCGAUGAUCAACAACGUUCCGUUGAUUUACAUGUAUCAGCUAUUGCCGAUUAUUGUCGAUAUAAAUGUAGUGAACAUGAAAUUAGAUAUCUAGAUACGGCUAUGUUACAAACAAGAGUACAAGAAGUAACAAUAACAAAUCGGGGUAAAGUACAAUUGAAUUAUGCAUGGAAAAUUCAAAUGGAAGAUAAUCAACGUCCAUUUACGCCAUUGAUCGAACGUGAUCCACCAACGCCAGAACCGACAAGUGAAGGUGGAGGACGAAAGACAGCAGGCAUCGGAGGUCAACGUGGUGUAACUAGAACAGGAACGAGCAGUGCACAAUCAUUCGAUUCAAAUAUAGAUGCUGGUUCAUCAAUCAAAUUAGCAAAAGACAAAGAUGCUAGUAAAUCGAAAGAAGCGUUACGAGCAUCAAAAGAAUCAGCGGCAAAAUCUCGCUCAUCUUCGAUUCGUGAAGAAAAAUCAAAAAUAACUCGUUCAAAUUUACAAACAGAUAAUUUAAUUGAGGAGAAAGAAGGUGGUAGUGAACCUUUUUUUACGGAAACUAGUAAUCUUGAACCAUCAUCGGUGAUGCCACAACGUAUCGAUUCUCCAACGAGUACAAUUCAUCCUCAGAGUAUAAUGAGUGAAGUUGGUUACGUACCUUUUCAAGUUGAACCAGAUAGCGGUACAAUAGCUAUAGGAUCGAGUCAAAUAUUCAAAAUUAAAUUUUCACCAUUGGAUGUAAAUGAUUAUCAAGCAAGAUUAACAUGUUGUAUUCCAAAUUUGGAAAGUAGUAAAGCUGGUCCCGUGGUAGCUGUUCGAGGUCGAAGUAUAUUACCCUUUUGUCAUUUUGAAUUAGACGAAUCUGAUUAUAUUACUUCUGGACGACGACGAACAGAUUUACCCGGACUGAAUAUGGCACCACCAGGAACAAUGAUCGAUCGAAAUACGAGAAUUAUUGAAUUUAAAUCUGUUGGAGUUGGAUCGAAGAUAAACAAAUCAUUUAAUGUGUUAAAUCCAACUGACACUGACUAUUCUUAUCGUUGGAUAUGUGAAGAUCCAUUAGAUUUAACGAAACAACCAACAUUUAUUUGUCGAGCAACACAAGGAAAAAUUGCAUCGGGAAAGGGGACAAUAAUGUCAUUUGAUUUUAUGCCACGUCAAUUUGGAUUAUGUGAAUCAUUUUAUCGUUUUGAAAUUCCCCAUCAUUCCCUAUCUGUUCCAUUCUUGUUAGUUGGUAAUGUUAGUGAACCAAACGUGUUAUUAGAUCGUUCUCAUGUAUCAUUUCAUCCACAAAUAAUUGGUCAUUAUUGUGAAGAAACAAUAUAUAUGAUUAACAAAGAAGAUCGUUCAUUUUCAUAUGAUUUUCUUGAUCAAUCUUUAAUUGAAGGUACAACGACUGGUGAUUUAACUGUUGAACCAAAAUCUGGUCAAAUACAAGCACAGGCUCGUCAACCAAUUCGUCUUAUAUUUCGUCCAACACAAAAUCGUUCAUAUCUAUACAACUUACAAUGUAAAAUCGACAGUUCCAUUAAACAACCGUUAACUCUAAAUGUAAAAGGAGAAGGUUUUUCAAAUUUGUGUUCGUUACAAUGUGAAGUGGCAGAUGGAUCUAAAAUAGAAUUAUCAUCCGUUGGCAUGAAUGAAUUAAGAUUUGAUUCAAUUGUUUUAAAUGAAAUAUCAUCUAGAACAUUUGAAAUAAUAAAUCGGGGAAAAUAUUCGUUUGAUUACGAAUGGACAUUUAGCAAUAAUGAAAAUGAUGAUAAUUUAUUUUUAUUAACACCGAUGACGGGAAAUGUACAAUGUAGUCAAAGAACAAAUUGUCUUUUAGAAUUUCGUCCAAAAACAAAAGAACAUCGUUUUGUACAACGUCAGUUACAGAUGAAAGUAGUCAACGGUCCAACCUAUCAGAUUUGUUUGGUUGGUCAUUCAACUGUACCAAAUGUUCAAUUUUCAUUUUUAAACUACGAUUUUGGUCCAUGUUUCUUGUAUAAAGCUGGUAUGCCCGAAUAUUCUGUUGAAUUAGAAAUAUCCAAUCAAGAUAUGAAAGAUCAUUCCAUCGAAUGUUUAUAUCAAAACACAUCUCAUUUAAUGUGCGAUUACAAAACAAAUUUAUUACAAUCAAAAGAAGCAAAUAAAUGUCUAAUAACAUUUUAUCCAAGAGAAUACAAACAAUAUCAAGAACAGAUACAAUUUGAAAUUGAUGGUUUAACAUUGAUUAAUGUUAGUGUUACUGGCGAAGGAGUCGAAUUUAAAGUAGAAGUAGCUGAUUCAAAACAAAAAAUUGUUAAUCUAGGUGCUCUUCAGUCAGGCAAAACAGUCACGAAAGAUGUUUCCAUUAUAAACCGUAGUCGUGCACCGUUAAAUAAUUGUUUACUAUCAUUAUCAAAUCAAUAUUUAUAUACUCAUCCAAAUGUGCUUCAAAUUCAACCAACAAUGCCUUUAUCAUUGCGAGCUAAAAGUGGAACAGCAACCGUUCAAGUAAAAUUUUCACCUAAAUCUCGUAUACCAUCGUUCAGUGAACAAGUUUAUUUGAAAUAUGGUGAAUUUGAUGUACCAAUGUUUGCUGUUAAAGGAUGUUGUCAAGGUUAUGAUAUUCAGUUAGAUACGGAUUCAAUUCCGUUUGGUGCUGUCGUUAAAGAAUGUUCAAUAACAAGAAAAUUAGUCAUGUCUAAUCGUGGUGAUAUUGGUUCACGUUAUCAAUGGAAUACGAGCCAAAUUAAAGACAAACCAUUUCAAAUUUCACCUACAAAUGGGUACAUAUCGCCAGGAAUGGAAAUCACUUUCGAUCUGACAUUUCAUCCAAAAGAAAUUAAACAAGAUUUAAGAUGUGAUAAAUUUGAAUGUACAUUAGAAAAUUGUAAACCGUUGCAAGUCACGCUAUGUGGAUCAUGUGUGGAAGUACAACCCAUACGAGAACCGAUUGUCAUUAGUACACCUGUUCGAUCAAAAGAAACAGGAAGACCAAUUACAAUUAAAAAUCCGACCAAUACGCUCUGGACAUUAACACCCGUUAUUAGUGGAGAAUACUUUUCAGGACCGGAAACAGUUAUUGUUGAACCACAAAGUACGAGAAACUAUGAAGUCACAUAUCUACCGUUAUCCGAAGGUAAACAUACGGGUACAAUGUUUUUUCCUCUACCCGAUGGAAACGGUCUGUUAUACAAUCUGAUUGGUAAUGCUGAACCUCCAAAACAAUCUGGUAAAAUUAUGCGUGAAAUUCCAUGUAAAACUCAAUAUGUUGAAUUACUGUCUGUUGAAAACUGGUUGAAGAAACCGCAACGUUUUCGUUGUACAAUCGAAACGGUAAAGCAAGAUCGCCAAGAUGCAAAUACUGUUAUUAAAGGAUUAGAAUAUAUAGAUGUAGCUCCAAGAUCAAAACGUGAUUAUAAAUUAAAUUUCUACGCAUAUAAGGAAUGUGUUCAACAAAUAAAAGUAACGUUUAAAAAUGAACAAAGUCAAGAAUAUAUCUGGUUCGAUAUAACAUUUAAAUGUACGAUAGAUAAAAAGAAUUCGGCAGUGGGAACAAUUGACAUUACAACAUCAGUUAGACAACAAACCACCUACGACAUUCAAUUAGAUAAUCCAUUGCAACAAAAAGUGACAUUUCAGGGAACUUGUAAUAAUCCAGACAUAUUAAUACCUCCAGAUACCGUUUCUGUACCAGCAAAUUCACAGGGGAUAUUCAAUUUUACAUACAUGCCAUUGAAAUCUGGUAAAUAUGAAAGUCGUUUAGAGAUAACAUGUGCUGAGCUUGGUCUCUACACGUAUAUAUUGAAUUUAAAUGCCUUACCAGCUAAACCAGAACGUCCAUUAUAUUUCAAAACACAUCUCGGUAGUUCACAAACAUUAGUUGCCAAAUUUAUGAGUUAUGCAAGAUCAAAAACCGAUUACAUUUGUAAAAUUGAUCAUCCUGAUUUUAUUGUCGAUCGAACAGUGACAGCUGCUCCCGGAUCUUCUCCGUCGAAUAUGGAAGUAAAUGUUGAUGUUACUUAUGAACCAUCCCAGUUAGGUGAAAUUCGUGCUAAUUUGACAAUAAGUUCAACAGUUGGAAGUGACUAUGUCUUUCCAUUAUACGCCACCGGCGAAACUCCAAAACCCCAAGGACCAAUCACAAUUCGAGCGGGUAGUAACGUUACAGUAACAUUUAAAAACGUUUUUGCUCAAACUCUUACCUAUACAUUCAAUGUUGAUAAUCCACUAUUUCAUGUUCAUAAAACAACUGAAUUGAUACAAGCAAGAAAAUCUCAUCGAAUUGUCGUUGGUUUUGAUGGUUCAGAUACACCGCAGAAGGCGGAUGUAAUGGCUAAACUUGUUGUAUCAUGUCCAAAAUCGGCUGGUAUGAAUACAAGUGUACAAUGGGUCUACUAUUUAAAGGGAAUUACACCUUGA